CCUCAUACACCACCAUAAACUAUGAAGAGCGCCUUGAAAGGAUCUGCUCCGUCUAAGAAAAGCGGUUCCGUGGACGCUACACCAGCACAUUUCCGGAUCAUGGUCGGAUCUUAUGAACACAAUCUUCUUUGUCUCUCAUUAAUUCUUCGUGCCGGUCAACCGGUUUUCCAACCAGUCUUCCAUUUCCAAGCCCAUACACUUUCCAUCAAGGCCAUAGAUCUUGCCAAGAGAUACCUUGUCACGGGCUCCAAUGACGAACACAUCCGUAUCUACGAUCUCCAGAAGAGAAAGGAAUUGGGUACCUUGUUGAGCCAUCAGGGGACCGUCACCACCUUGAAGUUCUCACGUGAGGGAAACGCUGCCACUAAAGUGGUCAAGUCAAAAGUUGAAGAAAACAAAAGAGGUCCUAAAUCAACUGAAGAGAAGGAAACCUCUCCUGUAGAACAACCACCUGUAGAAGUGUCUGCUGCCGCUGCUGCUGCUUCCAGUAGCACCUCUUCUACUGGAGCUCUGGGGAAAUGGCUUCUUUCCGGGUCGGAAGAUGGGAAAAUCAUUAUAUGGCGUACCAAGGAUUGGGAAUCAUUUGGCAUUCUCAAGGGUCACACCGACAGAGUCAAUGAUCUUCUGAUCCACCCUUCUGGAAGAGUUGCCAUCUCCGUGUCCAAGGAUCAAACCAUCCGUCUUUGGAACUUGAUGACCGCCAAGAAGGCUGCCGUUCUCAAGAUCAGAGGUAAGGACCAUCUUGGCCAAGCUGGAGAGUUUGUCCGUUGGACUACCCAUGACAAUGGGGCCCAUUUCCUUGUUGGGCUCCUCAACCAAGUCCUUGUCUACGAAACCUCCGCGGCUCGGAUCAUCAAAAAGGUCACCUUCACCUCCACCAUGAUGUGCAUGGAAGUCAUGGAGGUUGCCGGAAAGCAAUAUUUUGUCACAGGCCACACCGACGGCCGGAUCAACUUCUACUCCAUUGAAUCACAAAUGCUUGUUCGUAGAGAACACCAAGAGGACGAGGACAAGAUCUGGGAAACCAAGCCAGAGGCUAUCACCCCUGAGUUCACCUUGCAUGGCCACACCAACCGUGUCAAGGACAUCACCUUGUUCUGUGACCAACGCGCCACCAACGGGAUCCCUUACUUGAUCUCGGUCUCCUCCGACGGGAAAAUUGUGGUUUGGGACCUCACCGAAUCUGUACGCGACCAGGUUGCCGUGUACGACCUGGGUGAAAGAUUGAACUGUGUGGUUGCCUGUCCGGAGGACGUGGAGAAGAUGGAUAGCAUGAAGAAGCGGUCUUCCGAGUUUGACGAGGAGGACGACAUUGCCAGUGGCUCCGAGUACGAGACAGACGGUGAGGAAAUCAAGGCCAUCAUGAAGGGUGGAAACAAGCGUGGUAAGAAGAACAAGCGUUCCAAAAAGACAAAGGUUAGUGUCACUUUAGAGUAAUUAAAAAGAGAAAUAGAUAGCAG